AUGGCCGAGCCGCAACCCAAACGAAAGCGCUCCGACUCUGAAGAUGCUGUGGACCUUCAUGCUGUUAGUAUCCACGAAGCUAAGCCUAUCAUACGAUCUGAAGUGUGGUUUGACGACGGUAAUAUCGUCAUUGAAGCGCAAAGGACGCAGUUCCGGGUCUUUCGUAGCCAACUGGCGCUCCAUUCUCCCAAGUUCAAGGCUCUCAUGGACCCACUGACGCCAGCCGCCAUUCUGGUCGUGUCAGACAAUCCCGUCGAUCUGAAUUAUGUCUUCAAGCGUCUCUUAUAUCAUCGCUACCCAGAGAACGAGCCCCUGCCUCUUCCCGUCAUUCAAGCUUUUGCGCGUAUUGGGAAGAAAUACGAGAUUACCUGGCUCUUCGAGAACGCCGUACAGCGCCUAACGACCGCAUAUCCAUCUACCCUUGACAAAUGGACUUCCUCAACGGGUGUCGAAGCCUGCAUUAUGCCCGACCCAGACUGUCACUCGGCCGUGGCAACUACACACAAAUAUGCGCUUGAAGUUAGCAUUUUGGCGCGAGAGAUAGACCUCCCACAGUUGCUCCCGACUACCUUUUGGCUACUUACCGCCCCACGCCGUUUACCGCAGCUCGUAACGCCACGCGCGGCGGCACUGCCCGAGGCCGACCGUCGGGCGAUACUCGAGGGAUUGUGCAAGCGUAUGGAGGUGCAGCGCCAGACAACAGCAAAAUGGCUCCGCGCAAAGGGCCACUACGAGUGCUUGACACCGUGA